UCUUUUGGCCCAUUUUGAGCAACUUUAAGUCACUAUGCCAAGGUCCUUGUUUUGAUAAUUAUUUUCAUUCUAUAGGUUAAAUCAUUCAGUGAUGAGGAAGAUGGCUCUAAAGUGUUACUGUAUUCAAACGGAACAAAGAAAGUUGUGUCUCCUAAUGGACUCACUUCAACCAUGUACUUCUUCAAUGGAGACAUCAAGAGAACUCAGGAAGAUGGAGACGUGAUUUAUUAUUAUUCAAGCAGUCAAACUACUCAUACCACGAAACCUGACGGGACUGAAAUAAUCAAAUUUAAAAACGGACAGUCAGAGACCCAUCAUCGAAACGGCUCCAAGGACAUAGUAUUUCCUGAUGGUACGAUCAGGCAUGUGCUUCCCUCUGGAGAAGAGAAGAUUAAAUUCUCUGACGGCGUCACACAGAGAGUUCUAACUAAUGGAGACAAGAUCAUUGACUUCCCUGAUGGGCAGAGAGAAACCCACACAUCACUAUACAAAAGAAGAGAGUAUCCUGAUGGGACUGUGAAGACAGUGUAUCAAGAUGGCCGUCAGGAAACCCAGUAUGCUAAUGGAAGGCUAAGGAUUAAGGAUCCAGAUGGGAGAGUUAUUUUAGACAGACUACCUACAGUGUCUCCUCCUGUAAAAGCCACUCCUCAUUUGUUCUCUCAACCUUCUUGAAGCUAUGAUGUCCUUAUGAUGUCUGUGACCAGUGUUUUUACAUGCAUCAAUUAUGAACAGUCUGGUGUUUCAUUUAACCUUCUUCAUUUACUUUCCAUCUCUACUCCUUUUGUGUAUUUUUAUAUAACAUAUAAUGUGAUCAUGACAAUAAUUUAUUCUCAAAAAUAUCAGUGGAGUAGUAGACAUA